UUAGAAAGAAAACAUGCAAACCUUUCACGCGGCGUUAGAUAUAACAACAAUUAAAAACUGUGUAUUCACAUUGAUAACAUGUAGUUGUGUCCUGCCAGUAGAUGGGGACACUCUGAGUCCCAGACUGGCAGAGUCCACCCCUGCCAGGCCUUGAGAGGUUUCCUAUUGGUUUGGAAGUGAGUGAGGUGUCAAAUGUCCCAUGGUGCAGUGAACGCAGCCCGAAGAAGAGUAGUACUUCCAGGAAAAGUUGAGUUAAAAUAUUAAGUGUAGCAAACCGAUGGUUCCUGUGAGAUGAACUGUGCAGAGGAAAGAUGUUAGAGAAGUUCAUUUUCAGCUGACAGGUUUGUACUGUUCGGUGGCUUUUAGGGGACCAGAUUCAGGGAUUUGUUUUUUUUGCACCAGAACUCACAAUGUCGGAGUCUGAACAGAAAGAAAAUGCGGUUCACGAACAGAAUGGCGCCUUGGUCAACCCCAGAGCCGUUUGCAAUGUGUGUAAACGGUUAUACCGGGAUCCCAGACUACUCCCGUGUCUGCACACCUUCUGUUCCGACUGUAUCGGUCAGCUGGAGCCGCUCUCGGUGCCCUCGCGUACCCAGCGGGACGGUCCGGAGAACGGUGGGAGUGAGGCUGUGGAGGCGGACCGACAGGCCGAAACCGUCACUGUGCUCUGCCCCGACUGUGACUCCGAGGUGGACCUACCUCCGUCAGGACCGGCCGGACUGAGCACCGACCACCUGGCGCUGGACGAGGUUUUCGUGGAGACCCUGGUGAUGGACGGCCCAAUGGGAUGCGACCUGUGCGGCGAAGGAAGCGCCGAGAGCCGCUGCGAGGUGUGCGGCGUCAACCUGUGUGAGUUCUGCUGCCAGGCGCACAGGCGCCAGAAGCGAACAGCAUCCCACUCUGUUCAGGGUCUGGAGGAGCUGAGGUCUCGUGGUCGUCUGUGCCGGUCCAUCUUCUGCUUCCUCCACCCAGGUCAGGAGCUCCGGCUCUUCUGUCAGCCCUGUGACCUGCCGGUCUGCCCGGAGUGUGCUGCCACACUGCACCGUGACCACUGCUGCCGUCCCAUGCACGAUGUUAUCCGUUAUCACGGAGACCGUAUCCGAGAGCUGGUCACUGUGUGCCUGCGACCUCAGCUGGAGCAGCUGGAGGAGUCACUGCAGAAGGUGGAAAUAUCCCAGGAGGCUUUGCAGGCACGGGUAGAUGCAACAGCGAAGGAGGUGAGGGCAUUUGCACGAGGCUACGCCAGCACUGUUGAAGCCCACUGCCUGUCUCUGCUAUGUCGCCUGGAGGAGCUCCGUGUCCAACACAGAAACCAGCUCCACCUGCAGAGGGCGCAGCUGCAGCAGGCUCUGUUGGACACGCGAGGUGGUGUGGAGUUCGCAGAGAGACUACUGAGCUGUGGCUCAGACGCUGAGAUCCUUAGCACCAAAGAUGUCACCCUGAGAAGACUGACCAGCCUGGCAGAGAGCAGCUACGACCCCCACCCAGCAACUGUUGACCCCGAAGACGUUAGCAGUAUCUGCUUCCUGCCCAGAGAGCCCGCAGGCAAGGUGGAUGGCUACCCGUUGGUUGGAGUGAUCAUCUGGAAGACAGUCGACCCCAGAAAAUGCACCAUAGAAGGAGAUGGUGUACAGCAGGGCAGGCAGGGCCAGCAGGGCUGCUUUACACUGGUGUGCCGAGACUCAACUGGAGAGCAGAUGGCCAGAGGUGGAGCGCACGUCCUGGUCAGCAUUGUCCACAAGGAGAAGAAAAACUGCACAGUGGACACGACAGUGGUUGACAGCAACGAUGGAUCCUACAGUGUUUCAUACACACCUGAGGAGCCGGGAGCUUACUCAGUGUGGGUUUGUGUCAAAACCCAACAUGUCAAGGGUUCUCCUUUCAUCCUGAAUGUGAAGAGGAAGUUCAGGCGUCACAGUGGCACAUUUCACUGCUGUACCUUCUGCUCCAGUGGCGGUGCCAAAGAGGCUCGCUGUGGCUGCCCAGGAACCAUGCCAGGAGGAUUUAAAGGCUGUGGUCACGGUCAUAAGGGACACCCCAGGAAGCCCCACUGGUCUUGUUGUGGCAGCACAGUGGAGCAGUCGGAAUGCUUGCCUCAGAGCGUGCUUGAUGCCGUUUCUCCCUGCGCCCACCUACGAACUGUGGAGCUCUGAGGUGACACAGAGACAAGACCUGUCAAGGUGAUGCAAGUUAACAAAGGAUGGCAGCAAGUGAAAGGUUAGAACAGCGUGGAAGUAAGGUAAAGGUUGCUGGUGUGAAUUUUGAACAGGUCAGAUGAGGAAAGUGAAGCUCUGAAGACACAGUGACUGAGGCCGGACAGCAAAGUCACUGCAUCUCAAGAGUGCUCACCUCUGUGUUCUGAUUAUCGCUGGCCUAGUUGUGAUACAGGAUCCAGUUUACCACAAAAGUCAAACACCUCAAUCUAGGGUGCAAAGUGCCUUUUUUGUUUCAACCCUGCUGACGUAUGACAAGCUGGUGGAGGAGGAAAAGGAAAUGCUUCAACCACAGCAGCAUGUCUCCUCCUGAGCCAAAUCUGAAGGGGGCCUUCGCAGCUGUUGCUGAUGGAAGAAAGAGCUCUCUUUCUUCACUGUUACACUUCUCUUUCAGCAGACAUGUCCCAGUCUAAAGCAGAUCUUUUAAUCUUGAAGCUGCUGUUGAUUUCAAAGAUCCUGAAAUCAGUGUUUUAUAUUUUAAAUGCAAAAGCCGUUAGAACAGAAACACUAUUAAUCUUCCAAACUUUUUUAUGUUUUAUAUGAGGCCUGACACACGAUCUGAGACGCUGAAGGAUACAGUAUCAGCAAUAAUUCUUGUUAACCUGCACUGGUCGCUGUUCUGUAAAGUGUACACAAGAAGGCCGUGAUCCCGACAACCCAUUAAGUCCAUAUUUACUGUAGCAUUAACAUUGUCACGAAUGAUAGUGUUAUGUUGGAUGGUAAAGUAGUAGCUACUUAGCAAUGGCAAAACAAAGCGCAGAUCAAUGAGCAGGCAGAUUUUAUCAGCCAGUAUUUAGCAGAUCCUACCAGUGUAUGUCAGCCAAUAAAUACUAAUAAAUUGCAGUACUGUAAAUGG